GUGUUUACCCCGCCCCAUUCAGUGUUUCCUACUCAGCGGUCGUGGUGCUAGUUUUUCUCAUACAACGAACUACUGAAGGUCGUCUUGUUCCUGGCUCUGUUAGCCGGCUAAUCUCCAGCGAGCGACAAAAUGGCUGAAUCGGACAAAUUAAACAUCGAUUCGAUCAUCCAGCGCCUUUUGGAGGUGAAGGGCUCAAGACCUGGUAAAAAUGUUCAGUUAACUGAAAACGAGAUUCGUGGAUUGUGUCUGAAAUCUCGGGAAAUCUUCCUUAGCCAGCCGAUACUGCUGGAGCUGGAGGCACCACUCAAGAUUUGUGGUGAUGUUCAUGGUCAGUACUAUGACCUGCUCAGGCUUUUCGAGUAUGGAGGAUAUCCUCCAGAGAGCAACUACCUGUUUCUGGGAGACUAUGUAGACCGAGGCAAGCAGUCUUUGGAGACCAUCUGCCUGCUGCUUGCCUACAAGGUCAAAUAUCCAGAGAACUUCUUCCUUCUCAGAGGAAACCAUGAAUGUGCCUCCAUCAACAGGAUAUAUGGAUUUUAUGACGAAUGUAAAAGGCGGUAUAACAUCAAGCUUUGGAAGACAUUCACAGACUGUUUCAACUGCUUACCUGUAGCUGCUAUUGUGGAUGAAAAGAUUUUUUGUUGUCACGGAGGUCUUUCCCCAGACCUGCAAUCUAUGGAACAGAUUCGCCGUGUGAUGAGGCCCACAGACGUUCCUGACCAGGGUUUGCUGUGUGAUCUGCUCUGGGCUGACCCCGAUAAAGAUGUCAUGGGCUGGGGAGAGAAUGACCGUGGUGUCUCUUUCACCUUUGGUUCUGAUGUUGUGGCCAAGUUCCUCCACAAACAUGACAUGGACCUCAUUUGCCGGGCCCACCAGGUGGUAGAGGAUGGCUAUGAGUUCUUUGCUAAGAGGCAGUUAGUCACACUUUUCUCCGCUCCCAACUACUGCGGAGAGUUUGACAACGCAGGAGCUAUGAUGAGUGUCGACGAGACCCUGAUGUGCUCAUUUCAGAUUCUGAAACCAGCGGAGAAGAAGAUGCUGUCGUAUGGUGGUGCGGGAGGAUUUGGAUCUGGUAGACCUGUAACUCCUCCACGAAACACAGCCAAGGGUGGCAAAGCCAAGAAAUAACAUCAACUACUGCAACACGCCUAUACAUCCUGUCCAUCAUUCUACCUCUCCUUUUCCUUCUCC